AUGAGACCCAAGACUUUGAAGCCUGCCAGCCUUGUUAUAUUCGAGUUUCGCCUUGUACCGGCCGCCCCGGGCAUCCGUCGCGCGGCAUCUGCCAAGAUCUCGAUUCGGUUCUCUUCUGGCUCCGGCUCAGCACCACCACGACGGACUAGUAAAGAAGCGAUAUCAUGUCUUAUCCAAACGCCCUCUUACCACACAGGCUUCUGGUCUGUGGUUCUCUACAUCGAGCCAAACUCGGCGGGUCGUGAUUCUUUCUGCCGGAUAGCAGGCGUUAUUCAGGCGGAUAAGGCUUUUGACUUCCAACGAGUCCAUACGACGAUCCGAGGAGCCUCCGAGAUCUAUCCGAUGUUGCUGCCGGUCGAGCUCUACAAAGCGCACGUUGAGUUCACUGCACGAACCUUUGAGAAAAUCCUCCGGACCCUGCGCGAGGUGGAUGCCGGAUUACUUAAGGAGCUGAAGGGAAUCAGCAAGCCCGAUGAUGCAAGGCAAUCACACCGCCUGCUCAGUAAGACGCUGCAUGAAUGUAGUAUGCAACUCGUCGAAUUAGGUCAGAGAUGGAGAUUCGAGAAAGAGCUCGGGGAACGGUUGAAGAAACACACCAAGUCAAAUGAGACAGCCAUGAGGACAAUUGCAAUCCUUGCUGCACUGUCAGAGAGUCGCGAGUUCGACAUGCAGACCCUCCCGUUGAAGGUGGAGAGUCAACGCAACGUGGUAAAGUCGCCCGCUUGA